AUGUUCUCAUUUGGCCUGUACAAGGAGAUUCAAGAAUUCAAGGAAGAUGCCGAGAAGGUUGCAGUGAAGAUUGCUGAUGAUAGGCUUUGUGAACGAAUCAAGAAGUUUGUCGAAGCACCUCGAGAGAUCCAGGAACUUUGCGAAGAGGAUGCCAAAAGUGAAAAUGUCAAUCUGAUGGCGGUCAUCUUGAGAUCCCCCGAGGGCCCUAAGCUCGACAAGGUAGCCUACCAACGUAUCCAACAAGCCUCUCAAGCCUAUGAACGAUACAAGACCUACUGUGACGGACUGGAUGACCCAGCGUUGGAUGAAGCUCUGAAGUACGACAAAUGGAAGCCCUAA